AUGGGGUUCGUCCGUUCCCUUGCGACUGCUGUUUCCGUGGUGGUCAGUGGCGUCAUCUUCCAGAACGAGAUGAAUGCGGCAAAUGGAGAUCUAGUGCUUGCACUGGGGUCCAAUCUGGCACAUGAGUUCAAUGGCAGCCUCGCCUCUUCCAGCGUGGAGCAGACUCCCAGUUUGUCAGCGGGUCUAGAGGUCCUGGUUAGGAAGACGUAUUUCCAUGCUCUCCGGAUGUAUGUUGCAUUUGCUGGAAUGGCAUCUGCCUGCAAUCUGUUUGUGUGGGCUCACAAGCUGCGGAGUGAGAGUGAAGGUGCGGUUUUGGGUGCAGACCGAGUACAGCCGGUCCAGCAGUCAGAUCGUCUCUCAAACGACGAAAGCAAUGAGCCGAGGAGUCGUCAAAAUGACCGAAGUUCGCCUUGA